UGGACUGGCAGCAAUCAGUGGCUGAUGGGCUAAGGGAGGUCAGGAAGACAGAGAAAUACGAGGUGGCACCCAGGUUUCUCCCAGAGUGACUGGAUGGGCACUGUCCUCACUCGCCAAGACCAGAAAUGCUGGAAUGAAGCUGAGCAACACUGCCAAGAAAAACCUGAGGGCAAGUGAGAAAACCAGUUGUGAUCUGCCCGGUAAGCAGGUGGCAGUGCAGCAGCCACCCUGCCUUCGGUGUCUCUUGGAGUCUUAAAGAUGGAAGGGGGAACAAACGUACCACGACCAGUUUCCUGAAGCUCCAAGCCACCCAGCUGUUCUGUGAAGAGUGGCCCAGGAACCAGAGACAGCGGCCAUGGAGCAAGGGCUGGAGGUGGCCCUCACAGACCUCCAGAGCUCCUGGAACAACGUGCGGCACCACACAGAGGAGAUCAGCUCUGACCGACUCCUGGUUCGCCGGGGCCAGGCCUUCAACAUCACUCUGUACUUCAGGAAGCGGGGCUUCCAGCCAGGCCUGGACAAUAUCAUCUUUGUGGCUGAGACUGGACCCUUACCAGACUUGUCCAAUGGGACUCGAGCCCUGUUCAGCCUAGCAGGUCAUCAUGGUCCCAGCCCAUGGAUUGCCUCUCUGGAGACCAAUGGGGCCAGCUCCCUGGAGGUGAGCCUGUGUGCCCCUCCCACGGCAGCCGUGGGUCGGUAUCUCUUGAAAGUUCAUAUUGACUGUUUUCAGAAGUCUGUCACAGCCUACCAGCUUGGGGAGUUCAUCCUGCUCUUCAAUCCCUGGUGCCCAGGGGAUUCUGUCUACUUGGACAGUGAGCCCCAGAGGCAGGAGUAUGUCGUGAAUGAUUACGGCUUCAUUUACCAAGGGAACAAGAAUUGGAUCCGCCCGUGUCCCUGGAACUAUGGACAGUUUGAAGAGAAUAUCAUAGACAUCUGCCUGGAGCUACUAGACAAGAGUCUGAACUUCCAGAUUGAUCCAGCUACAGACUGUGCCCUGCGGGGAAGCCCCGUCUACAUCAGCAGAGUGGUGUGUGCCAUGAUCAACAGCAACGAUGACAAUGGGGUGCUUAAUGGAAACUGGAGUGAGAGUUAUUUAGAUGGCAUCAACCCUGCAGAGUGGACCGGCAGUGUGGCCAUCCUGAAACAGUGGCAUGCCACAGGCUGCCAGCCAGUGCGCUAUGGGCAGUGCUGGGUCUUUGCUGCCAUCAUGUGCACAGUAAUGAGGUGCCUGGGGAUCCCCACCCGUGUGAUCACCAACUUUGACUCUGGCCACGACACAGAUGGAAACCUGAUCAUAGAUGAGUAUUAUGACAGCACAGGCAGGAUCUUGGAGAAUAAGAAGAAGGACACUGUCUGGAAUUUUCAUGUGUGGAAUGAGUGUUGGAUGGCCCGGAAGGACCUCCCUCCUGGAUAUGGAGGCUGGCAGGUGCUGGAUGCCACCCCUCAGGAGACGAGCAAUGGCCUCUACUGCUGCGGCCCUGCCUCUGUCAGAGCCAUCAAAGAGGGAGAGGUGGAUCUGAACUAUGACACAGCCUUUGCCUUUUCCAUGGUCAAUGCUGACUGCAUGUCUUGGCUUGUCUACGGAGGGAAGGAGCAGAAAAUUCACCGGGACACGAAUACUGUUGGCAAUUUUAUCAGCACCAAGAGCAUUCAAAGUGAUGAGCGAGAUGACGUCACAGAGAACUACAAAUACAUAGAAGGUUCCCCCCAGGAGAGGCUGGUGUUUAUGAGAGCUCUUCAGAAGCUGAAGGCUAGAAGGUCUGAAGGCCCCCACAAAGCAGACUCACAACAUUCCACACCUGUGCCACUGAAUGGGGACAGCCCUCGGAGCCUGCAUAUGCCUUCCCUUCGGCCCAGUGAUAUAGUCCAGGUCUCCUUGAAAUUCCAGCUGCUCGACCCGCCCAACAUGGGCCAGGACAUAAGGUUUGUCCUGCUGGCCCUCAACAUGUCACUCCAGUUCAAGGACCUCAAAGUGAACCUGAGUGCCCAGUCCCUGCUGCAUGAUGGCAGCCCCCUGCCCCCUUUCUGGCAGGACACAGCCUUCAUCACACUUUCUCCUGAAGAAGCAAAGACCCAUUCCUGCAGAAUUCCCUAUUCCCAGUAUAGCCAGUACCUGUCAACAGACAAGCUGAUCCGCAUCAGUGCCCUGGGCGAAGAGAAGAACAGUCCGGAAAAGAUUCUGGUGGACAAGAUCAUCACCUUAGCUUAUCCAGGCAUCAUGAUUAAUGUUUUAGGAGCUGCCAUUGUGAAUCAGCCACUCUCCAUACAGGUGCUGUUUUCAAACCCCCUCUCAGAGCAUGUUGCAGAUUGUGUGCUGACUGUGGAAGGAAGUGGUCUCUUCAAGAAACAGCAGAGAGUUCUCAUUGGAGUCCUCAAACCUCAACACAGGGCCAGCAUCACUCUGGAGACUGUCCCCUUCAAGAGUGGCCAAAGGCAGAUCCAAGCUAAUCUGAGGAGCAACAAGUUUAAGGACAUCAAGGGUUACAGGAAUGUCUAUGUAGACUUGAGGUUAUAAAUUUUGGAACAAUGAGUGGAUGCACAGAUUUUAAGCUUCAGGAGAAGGAGCAAGUUCAAAUGCAAGCUGUGCCACUCCACAACAGGAGCUUUGUAGGGGUUCUGAAGUAAGCAACAGAGGAGAUGUCAGCAAUGGAUAGUCCCCUGGACCAUUUGCACAGCUCCCAGGGAGUCUUAUCAGAGACCAGAGAGUCUAUGGUGUCCAAUCCAGAGUUGUGAGAUAACACUCAAAUGUCUGAGGGCAGUGGUUGGACUUGACCAUGACUUACUGCCCCCUCAGAAGACUGAGCAGCUCACUGUCAUUUUGUCACUGCAGUGGCUAAUGUCCUAGUCCCAAUAAAUUUCAGUCCUUUGCACCCAUGUAGUCAUCACUUUCCCUCCAGCAACCCCUACCUAUUCUCCGGAUGCUGGGAGUGUCCUAUUGUUUUAACACCUGAGCCCAUUCAAGGGUGAAUUUCUGAGUGCCUAGUAUGUGCCAGCUGCUGUUCUGAGUAUAGGAGAGAAGACAGUAAACAAAGCAAAGGUUCUGCCCCCAUGGAGCUUACAUUCUAUUGGUUGUGGUGGGGCUACAGAAAACAAACAUGUCAACAGGUAAGUAAGGUACUUACAGAUAGUGUGUCCGUCAUGAUCUAGUUAGGAAAACCAACCCCUGUAAAUGUUUCUACAUACUACCUCUUUGUAUCUUGGGGGAAAAUGAGAUCUCUCAUUUGGCCUUCCUUUUAAUCCCUUUCCAUAUCACAUCCAAGAUGUCCCUCAAUCCUAAAAGUUCCAGCCUCUUGGCUCAAAAUCUGCCAGUGCAUUGUGGUGCUGGAUGGACCUGGAAUGACUGUGGUUCCAGAGAAAACGCCAGCUGAUGAUGCAGUGAAGUAGAUUUUUGGUAGGAAAUGAAGUACUCUCAGACCCUUAUAAUGGCUAUAGCUCGUAUGUAUCCUCCUUGUGAACACAAAGCCACUCCAAUAAUUAUCUCCUCUCAGAUGCACCUGCUUUCUCAUGGCACCGUGCCAAAUUUGGGAUGGAGAAAGGCAUGAUGCACCUGCCCUCCAGGCACUGCUACAUGACUAAGACAGCUGUUUUGGGCAUAUAUUAAAUGCACACACAUUAAAUAAAUACUUCUAUUAUAUAUAAACAAAAUGGUAAGUGUAACUGACCAGAGGGAGAGAAGAGGGUGUGGUGAGAAUUGCAUAGUAGGUUGAUGGCCCUAUUAAAGAGUAGGCAGAGAACCAGGAGAACCCUAACAGCAGGGACCUGGAAGUAACAUAUAAUUAUUUCAUUCUGUAGUUGUUGCCUAACAAUCAUGAAAAAUGGUUUCAGGAAAACAUUGUGGAUGGGAACAUCUUACAGAGACAGCGACCUCUGAAGUACUUUUCAACUACCACACCCUCAGACUCUUUCAGGAAUCUUGAUUUUAACAGUACAUUCAUUAACUCUUCCACUCAACAAAUAUUCAGAGUUUCUAUAGGGGCCAGGUCCUGAGCUAGGCACUGAGGACACAAGAAGGACCAGGGUCUGCCCUCAAGGAGCUCAAGUCUAAGCAUGUGGAAAAUGAAAAAUGGACAGGAGAUUCUAACACAGAGUGGUGAUAACCACCAUUGGAGUGAGUGCAAGGUGUUAUGGGUGCAUAAGGAGAGGCAGCUUGUCCAAUCUUGGGAUUGUGAAUCAAGGAAGGCUUCCUGGAGGGGAGUGGCAUUUAA